UGUAACAUAUUAAAUUAAACCUCACACAUUGUCGUAUCCAUUAUUAAUUCGUCUGUGGUCUAAGGACAUUAUUAAUAUUUAAUGUCUCGUAAUUUACUUAUGUAUAAAAUAAGAAAGUCCAAGCCUGGGCGACUCAGUUGUAAACGCGAAAAUGAAGACAUUCGGCAAAGAAAUUCAGCGGAGCUACGAAGACUUUAUCUAUAUACCGAGUAUAAUGUUCAAGUCGAUCGGUUAUGACAUUUUAAACACUCCUAAGCCAAGGUGGCAGGAUCUUCUGAUGCGUUGUUACUUUUUAAUCGGCCUGGGAAGUCAUUACUACAUUAUCUACUAUAUGAUGCUGCGAAUCAUUCAGUGGGAUACUUUGUCGGGUGAUCCAGUGACAAUCGUGCGAUAUGCGGAGAUUUUCUUUCUCUCGGUUAAUUCGGAAAUUAAAAUCGUUACAUUUAUAUAUUACCGCAACCGCAUUCGCGAACUCUGUAACGAAUUGGGAAGAGUUUUUCCGAGCGAGAAUUCCGAGCGUCAAUAUUAUAAUGUCAACUCUUUUUAUUGGCCCCGAGUCAUACGUUAUGGUGUUUACUACUUUUGCUUUGUUGUGCUACUGGUUGUAUUUGCCCCAUUAGUGCAAUCAACCUGCAUUUAUCUCUAUCAGCGAUUUACGAUUGGAAGUGAGGCUAAAUUUCCUUAUCUUCGCGCCUACCCGAUGCAGCUCAGCUUCGAUGCGAAAACACCAUUAAGAUAUCUGUUUGCUGAGAUCCUUGAGUUCACUUCUAGUCACUUCUACAUGACGUUUAACAUAGGCACCGAUAUUUGGAUGAUGUGUCUUUCCGGGCAAAUCUGCAUGCACUUUGCCCAUCUGGGAAGAGUGCUGGCCAACUACAGUCCUAGUUACGAACGUUCGUCUGAGGAUUGCGAAUUCCUGGUCAGGGUCGUUCGAAAACAUCGCCAAGUGCUCAGUUUUCACAAGGAACUGAACGAUAUGGUUGGCAUGCUGUUGGCCUAUAAUCUUUUUACCACGGCCAGCACCCUUUGCUGUGUUGCUUUCUACACGAUUGUGCGAGGCUUGAAUCUGGAGGGUGUCUCAUUUCUAUCAUAUUUCUUUAGCUGUGCCGCUCAGUUUUAUAUGGUCUGCUAUUACGGACAAAAGCUUAUUGAUUUGAGUGAAGCAUUGCCAAAGGCUGCUUACUCGCAAACUUGGUAUAAUGGAUCCCUCACUUAUCGGAAACUAUUACUAAUAAUUAUGCUCAACACUGGAGCACCAGUUGUGCUCUCAGCCAAAGGAAUAAUUAUUAUAUCGUUGGAUACAUUUAAAAAUAUGAUGAACAUUACUUAUAAAUUCUUUGCGAUUGUGCGAAGACUAUUGGAUGAUUAAAUUAUUUAAUCGAAUCUCUUAUUAAUUAUUAAUUUUACAUCUGCACAUUAGUUUCAUCUAAAUAGAAAUUCAC